AUGCCUCCUCGCACUCGAAACCGCCAAGGAAAUACCUCUAAUUCUCCCAAUCAAGCACCUGCUGGACCAAAAGAGACAGCUCCCGGGGAUGUACCAAACGCCGGACGCAACACCAAGAGACCUCCACCACGCAGAGCACCCAUAGCCAAAAGAAUUCGCAACGACUCACAGAAUGAUACCUCUGAACCUGCAGCAGAACAUCUUCCUACCGAGCUGAGGACAACAACAAAGAAGAAUCUAAUAGCGUUCCGAACGAAUCUAAAAGUACCAAUCGUGUGGAAGCUGAUACCCGAAGUCGCUGCCAUACAAAAAGCAAGUGCUUAUACACUUUUCCUCAAAUACUGUGUAGAUUGUCUAGCCGAACCAAUGCCGCUAAAAGCGCAAGAUGAUGGUGAUACUGUCUUGGGUGAUCGUAACCGAAAGAAUGGAGAACGAUGGGAUAGCCUUUCUGACGAUGAGAGGGCGGUAUUUCACCCAACAAACUUCUAUGCUCUGGCUGGCGUGCCCAACCCCUUGGAUUUUGAAUCGGACGAAGUUGACCGGGACGAUGACGAUGAACAAGAAGAUGAUCGUGGCGACUCUUUUGUCCCAGUGCCAACAGUUCACAAGCUGAGCAUUGAGGAAGAUGAGCUUUAUCGCCCUAUAUACAAACGUAUGGUGGAUUUGAAGAAGGUGACCGCUGAAUUAGAAAAGCCUCCAUCAGGUCCUUCAAACUCACAACUCCAACGUAAAUCUAAGACUGCAAUUGAGAAGAUUUCACAUCAGCUUGCAUGUGAAGCAAAUAGGUUGGAUUUCGCCUACUACCUAGUUGCAACAAGCACUGUUACCCCGAAUAAAUCAAAAGAUCUAGGGUGGCUCAAGGAGUUCACAACCCAUCCGCAGGUAGCAACUUGGGCCAAUGACAAGUUGAAUCUUGCUGCAGUAUUUGCUACGUACUCACAAGGUGAAUCAAUGGCCAAGGCAAUUGCGUCGACUCAUCCAAAACCAAAACGACAAAGGAGCGACAAGCUACAGCCUAGUGACAAAAUCAAGAUUGAUUUAGGACGUCUUCUUGCUGGUAUUACACUUAAAACAUUAGGCUACUUACCCACUCAAUCAUUCCCGCAGACCGCUGAUCCGGUUGCAGAAUUGAAGAAAAGGAGUCUUCCCAUUGGGAUUAUCCUUGAAGAAGGCUCAAGAUUAACCGAUGAAAAACUGAUGGUUGGAUUCAAGAAAAUGCGAUCAGCUAUAAGACUCGAGUGGAUCAACGACAUAAAGGAUGGUCUUUUUCGUUUAGUUGAACUCAGGGUUGGUUCUGAAGAAAGGAUUGGGGAGCCGGUAGUUUUGAACGCUAAUGAGAUUAAGACGGCUUUAGCGACACCGGCACGUGAGAUAGACAAGGCAGUGGCAGUUGGUGAGAUUACUGCAAGUCAAGGAGCAGAAAAUGAAGGUGAAAAAAACAAAAAGGGGAGUGGGAGUUCUUCUGAAGGGGACAGUGAAGACGAAGAGUAA